UACUCUUCAGGACAUCAGAGUGUGGUUGCGUAGAUAAACUCGUGUCGUCCAGACUAUACAUUUCACGCGCUAGCUCGUGUCGUCCAGGCUGUCUGCUGCCGUGCACGGGCGUCUAGUCUUCUAACUUCUCCUCAUCCGGACGUGAAUGGAGUUUCUGUGGCUGCUGUGUGUUGUGCUGAGCGCCUGGCGCGCGUCAGCGGAGCGACACAGCGUGUACUGGAAUAGCACCAACCCGAGCUUCCUGUGGGACGACUACAUCGUGCAGGUGCGCAUCAACGACUACCUGGACAUCAUCUGCCCACACUACAAGCGUGGUGAGGUGCUUGCCCAGGAGGCCGAGCGCUACGUCCUGUACAUGGUGGAGCGGGAGGACUACGAGUCAUGCAAGGCGCUCUCCUUCGACCAGCUGCGCUGGGAGUGCUCGCGGCCGUUCGCCACCCACGCGCCCGAGAAGUUCUCCGAGAAGUUCCAGCGCUUCACACCCUUCACGCUGGGAAAGGAGUUCCGCCCGGGAGAGAGCUACUACUACAUCUCCAAGCCUCUCCACCACCACGGUCAGGAGUGUCUGCGAUUACGGGUGGACGUGGCGGGACAUCACAGCUCCAAGAACCACAAGAAGGAGGAGGAGGCUGAGGAGGGGAGGCGUGACAGGAUAAGCACAGGAGGAGUGCACAACCCGUCCAACCGGCUUCCAGCAGACGACCCCGUCGCAAUGGUCCCCGUCGUCCAGAGGAGCGUGGGCAGCUCGGCUACUGCCGCCGUGGCAACGCCUGCCUCUGCCUUCGUGGUGACGCUUGCUGCCAUCUUCCUCCUGCUCCAACACUAAGGUGGAGCUGAUGUAAUAAGCUCUUGGAUGCUGAGCCAUUUGGUCCCACAGAGAAACGGACUCUCGACCCCGGCGCUGGUCGCUGGCCCUGAAAAUAGACUGUUUUUUAUACAAAGAUGUUUGUGACACGACUGAGGCUUUUGGUGCUGGUGUGCAUGUUUGAGUGAAGUGCAUGUCAUGUGUGAGUGACCUUGUGAUCUUUGGAGAAGGAAAGUGUUUAUGGGAUAUUUUUUUCCUCUACCUUGCUAAUGUUUCUUGUUUAGAAGAAGUAGUAUUACCACCCGUUUUUUGUUCUGCGGGUUUUUUUUUUGCUGUCUUGUAGCAUAUGUGGGUUUUUUUAUUUUUUUUUAAUUUCCUUUUUUCCAUGAGAAAACCCAGUGUUCAGGAUGCACACAAGUUAAAGGACCUGAAGGGAACUGAUGCUCUUCUAAUUAGAAUUAAAAUAACGUUGUGCUUUAUUUAAAAUGCCAUGAAAUGCUGUGAGCCAAAGAAGAUGGUUAUUAUCUCAAAUCUGUCCUGUUAUUGCUGGAGAACACGUCAUGUACAUAUCAUCUUGUCUGUGGAAUAUUGGUAAUUAGUGGUGAUUUGUUAGUGGAACCAUAAGCCAAGUUUUUUUGUUUUUGGUCUCAAAUCCUGCAAACAAUUUUCUGUGAUUUCCACACCACACUAGAGCUGUACAGACACUAACUGUUAAUCUAUUUUACAUGGCUAAAUUGAAAUAAGUGUACAUCAAAGCACAGAACUACGGUCAGGCUGGGAAAAGGCACAGUUGUGCUGAGGUGUGGGUGGGUGGGUGGAGCUGAUCCUCUCUGGGCGGGCGAGCACUGGGUACAACUGUACACAGGAUGAUGGGGAUCCGGAACAUUCUCCAGGUUCACAGGACAGCAUCUACUAAAAAUCUGUGUUUUGUUUACUUAUUCAGGUCUUGUAAAUAGUCCUGUAAAAUGUGUAAAUACAGAGAGCUAUAUACAGAAUUCGUUAACUAUUAAGUUGUGAAAAAGUAAAAAAUGUUAUAUGUACAUACACUGGUUGUUUUUAUUAGUAUUGUUGUAACAUUGCAGUAACAACAUUCAACUGUCACCUUU